AUGAGUAGCCAGGAGACUUCAUCUCAAACACAAACAGCUCAAGGUUCAGCCCAAGGCUCUUUGUUUGAAAAGUAUAAUGUUGAAAAACACGAAACUCAAGGCAAUGAAGAUCAAAUUCCCACUACCAAGGAAAUUGAAGAAAACUUACCUACUCUCCCCGAAAAGUCAUUUAAAGAUUACGUGGGAAUAUCUGUAUUUUGUUUGUUGGUUGCAUUUGGUGGCUUCGUGUUCGGGUUCGACACCGGUACCAUUUCAGGUUUUGUUAAUAUGUCUGAUUACAAAGAGAGAUUUGGCGAAGCAGAUGCCAGUGGCACCUAUGUUUUAUCAAAUGUUAGAACUGGGGUAAUCGUUGGUAUCUUCAAUAUUGGCUGUGCGGUUGGUUGUAUAUUUCUAUCAAAAAUUGCUGAUACUAAUGGUCGUCGUAUCGGUAUAAUGUUUGCAAUGUUGAUCUAUGUUAUCGGCAUUAUUGUUCAAAUAUCAUCCUCAACUAAAUGGUAUCAAAUCGUGAUCGGUCGUGCAAUUUCUGGUUUAGCUGUUGGUUGUCUAUCCGUCUUAUCUCCUUUGUUCAUUGGGGAAUCAUCUCCAAAGCAAUUAAGAGGUACUUUGGUUUGUUGUUUCCAAUUAAACAUUACGUUGGGUAUUUUCUUGGGUUACUGCACUACAUAUGGAACUAAGACGUACAAUGAUUCAAGACAAUGGAGAAUCCCAUUAGGUUUGUGUUUUGCAUGGGCAAUCUUGAUGGUGGCAGGUAUGGUUUGUAUGCCAGAAUCUCCACGUUAUUUGAUUGAAAAAAAUAAAAUCGAAGAAGCGAAAAAGUCAAUUGCUAGAUCUAACAAGGUACCAAUCGAAAACCCAGGGGUCUACACUGAAGUUCAACUAAUUCAAGCUGGUAUUGACAGGGAAAAGUUGGCAGGAUCUGCUUCUUGGUCACAAUUAAUCACCGGUAAGCCAAAAAUUCUUAACAGAGUUAUGGUUGGUUUACUAUUACAAUGUUUGCAACAGUUAACUGGAGAUAACUAUUUCUUCUACUAUGGUACAACAAUUUUCCAAGCUGUUGGUUUGAAUGAUUCUUUUCAGACAUCCAUUAUAUUGGGAGUUGUUAAUUUUGCGUCAACCUUUGUGGGUAUCUGGGCAAUUGAAAGAUUUGGAAGAAGAUCAUGCUUACUCGUUGGUUCUGCAGCUAUGUCAGUAUGUUUUAUCAUUUAUUCCGUCUUGGGCUCAGUUAACUUGUAUACCGAUGGAUAUGAUGGACCUACAGAUAAACCAACAGGUAAUGCCUUGAUUUUUAUUACUUGUUUGUUUAUUUUCUUCUUUGCAUCAACAUGGGCUGGUGGUGUAUACAGUAUCAUUUCUGAGAUUUAUCCACUUCGUAUCAGAAGUAAGGCUAUGGGAAUCGCUUCCGCCGGUAAUUGGCUCUGGGGGUUCCUUAUUUCUUUCUUCACUCCUUUCAUCACCAAUGAUAUUCAUUUUUACUACGGAUUUGUCUUUACUGGUUGUUUGAUCUUUUCUUUCUUCUUUGUGUACUUUUUUGUCUAUGAGACUAAGGGGUUAUCUUUAGAGGAAGUUGAUGAAUUAUAUGCAUCCGGUAUUCAACCUUGGAAAUCUAGUGGUUGGGUGCCACCUUCUCAUGAUAGUAUGGCCCACACAACUGGUUUCGCUUCAGAAGCAAAACCAAGCGGUGAGCAUGUCUAG